AUGGUGCGCAUUCUGCCCGCAUGGCUACACUGGUACCAAAAGCCUUCCUAUCGCGACCCCAAGACUUUUACCCAGACGGCCAACGCGGCGAUCGAGGAUAGCCAUGGAUCAAGAGCGCCGUCCAUUUCGUCACAAUCCGAUACUGCUAUUCCCGCUGACUUGUCCCUUGAGCGUGUCCUUACCAAUCGGACAUGCAGUCCCUUGUCGUUGUAUGAUUUCUACAUGUACCUGAAGCAUAUAGAGUUGUCGCCGGAGAACCUCGAAUUCCUGAUAUGGUUCCGUGACUACCAGGCUCGUUACGAUGAAGAUAAAGAGGCUGGUGUAUCCGACCCGGCAACGCGGCUGCUCAAGCUCUCGGACGAGAAGUCGGGCACGUACACCAGCUAUGCGGGUGUCGCACCUGGUGAGGAAUCGGAUCUGGAACGAAACAACGAAGAAACCGAGUUCGUGCGGUACAUCGAGAGCCUCGUCCCGUCGCAGGACCUCAGCGUGUGGAAACGAUGCCGUCCCUUCUUUUCACGCCCGUCCGAGACCUCCGACCGUACUUUGGCCAACUAUUCAAACUUUGAGGAGCUCCAACAAAUGUCACUGCUGUUCCUUGUUCCCGGGGCGCCCAAGGAGCUCAAUCUCCCUGCGAGUAUGAGGACUCGUGCUCUAAGUGAUAUGCAGAAAUCGGAUUCCCCCCAGGUCCUAGCCCCCAUUGCCGACCACAUCUACUAUCUUCUCAAGAACUGCUCGCACCGCAAUUUCAUCCGACUUGGCGUCAAGAAUGGUACCUUUGAGACACUUUGCAUGGUCACCAUUGUCGGCAUACUCUUCACCACGCUGGGGUUGCUCACCAUGCUCUUGCUGGCUUUUGCAUCGCCUUCGAUCCACCACUCUGUCCGCUGGCGAGGGAUUGCCGCUGCCCCAUUCUGGUUCGUCGGGGUCUCGUUCCUCUUCGCCGGCUGGCGCGGAUCCUGCUUUCUUCUUCUCCUCUUUUCUCGUCGUCAGGAACUACCUUGGGAGCGCGUUGACAGUCUUGAGCAGGGCGCUACGCCUAAGCGCCCCAAUGCACUGGUGCGGUUUGUGCGGAAGCUGAUGUUGUUCGAACGCAAGAUUAGAGUCAAGGAUCAGGGGCUGCGCGUGUUACAGCGCAAGAUUGUCAUUCAGAGUAUGAUUGGGGCCUUGGUCGUCACGAUCAUCUUGGAGGUGGUGUUCCUCUGCCUGCCGAUAUGGAAGUGA